CAAAAUUUUUGACGUAAGAGAACUGUCAAAACAUUAGAAUGUGACUUUUCAUUAUUGCUAUGUUGGAUAUUGAACUUAAAUAAUUGGUUUAGAAAAUUUAUAUUAUUGAUAACAAUAAAUGUUUUUGGUUAUUUAAUUAAUAUAAUUAUAAAAUUCUCAAUGCAAUCGUGAUUACGUUUUUCUUAUUAAAAUACCAUGUGGACGCUUAUACAAGAUCGGGCAGUUCCGUGUUGGUGUCGUAUUUUAGCUGUGCUAGAGAAAUUCAAUUCUAGAGUUGAUGUUAUGGAAUAUCAUUAUGUAUUUUCGUUAACAUUAACAAAUAUUUUGGGAUAUGAAUAAUAUAUUUCCGCAAUUGAUGAAAUCCGAUUGACAUCAUUAAUUAGAAUAAAGAACUAGAGAUAUUAUUUGUACAGUAAACAAAAACAAAUAAAAAUAUCUCUGACAAGUAAUGACAUUAACGUGGCCAUGAUGAAAAGUCACAUUCUAAUGUUUUGACAGUUCUCUUACGUCAAAAAUUUUGACCUACGUAAUAACGUUUUUGUAGUAAAAAUACUAUAACAACAAUGAUGCAUUGGAAUGAAAAUAUUAAGGAUUCUGGAAAUCAAAAAAAGUUAACAUAUAUUAAAGACGAAGGAGAUUCCCUAAAGAAAUAUGACAAUGAGCAAGUUAAAUCUGAACUAGAUCUAGAUGAAUACGGCUUUGAAAGCAGUUCUGGACAAGAGUCUGUAUUAGAUGAGUAUUCAGAUGAUAUCAAAAUAGAAAACCAUGUAGUAGAAGAUGUAUCUAAUGAAAUUAAACUUGAAAUAAAAAAAGAACUGGAGGAGUAUAGCAUUGGUGUUCCACACGAUAUUACAAUGGAAGUUACAAGUACCAAACCAUUCGAUGCUGCCAAAGUACAUUCGAAAACUUAUACUGGCAAAAAACCAUAUCAAUGUGAAAUUUGUCAGAAACAGUUUACUAUAAAAAGUAGUUUAAAGGUUCAUAUGAGAAUUCACACAGGUGAAAAACCUUAUAAAUGUGAAAUUUGUCAGAAACAGUUUACUAUAAAAAGUAGUUUAAAGGUUCAUAUGAGAAUUCACACAGGUGUUCCACACGAUAUUACAAUAGAAGUUACAAGUACCAAACCAUUCGAUGCUCCCAAAGUACAUUCGAAAACUUAUACUGGCAAAAAACCAUAUCAAUGUGAAAUUUGUCAUAAACAGUUUACUAUAAAAAGUAAUUUAAAGGUUCAUAUGAGAAUUCACACAGGUGAAAAGCUUUAUAAAUGUGAAAUUUGUAGUGAACAACUUAGUUACCUACGUAGUUUAAAAGACCAUAUGAUUGUUCACACUGGUGAACUUUAUAAAUGUGGAAAUUGUAGUAAGCAGUUUAGUCGACUAAAUGCUUUAGAUUAUCAUACGAGAAUUCACACGGGUGAAAAACCUUAUAAAUGUGAAAUUUGUAGCAAGCAGUUUAUUGUAAAAAGUAGUUUAAACGUGCAUAUGAGAAUUCACACAGGUGAAAGACCUUAUAAAUGUGAAAUUUGUAGCAAACAGUUUAUUAGAAAAUAUAGUUUAAUUGAACAUAUUAGAGUUCACAGUGGUGAAAAACCUUAUAAAUGUGAAAUUUGCAGUAAGCAGUUUAGAAAUGUAAGUAAUUUAAUCAAGCAUAUGAAAAUUCACAAUGGUGAAAAAUCUCAUAAAAGUGAAACUAGUAGUAACCAGUGUACUAAACUAAAUAAUUUAAAGGAUCAUAUGAAAUUUGUAAUAAGCAGUUUGCUCAAGGUUUAAAGGAUCAUAUUAAGGGUUCACUCUGGUGAAAAACCAUAUUUUACCGAUAUUUACUGUAAAAACUUACAAUUAUAAUGAAACGAGCGGGUCGUAUUUUUUGCUUAAAAUGACCCAAAGAAUACAAAAAAAUGUUUUGUAUUGCGAAAAAUCGCUUCUUAUCUGCCCUUAAUAUAAGGGCAAGGAGGGGAUGACAAGGCACCAUCGCACCUUCCUGCAAGAUUCAGUUUUUUAUUGUUUAAGGUGUCAGGUACUAGAAUCCGAACAUAGUUGCCGGUCCUGAACUAUUUAGUAAAAAAAAUGUGUGUGUACUUUGUACGCACGUAAGAAGUUAUACUUCUAAAUAUGAUUUCAAUGAAAUAAAUAUACUUUCGGACAGUUUAUUUGUAUUUUAUUUAAAGAUUGAAUUGAAUUAAUUUUUACUUACUACUUUCCAAAAAUUUUUAUUAAAACAAUACCAAAAAUUUAAAAAAGAUUAGAAAACACCAAGAUUUGAACCGGGGACCUCUUGAUUUCCAGCCCAAAGCUCUACCACUAAGCUAUACCCUUUUGUUUAUACGUGCUACAAGAUUUCUCAGACAAAGUGACAAACAGACGAAGUGAAUUAUAAAAUACUUUAAAUAUUACUUAUUAUCUUAUUCCCAUGGUAGACAAAUCCAAAUACACAAAAAUUAUAAUAAUAGUUAUUUAUGAUAUAAAUGUUAAAAGCACAAUUUUAAGGCACGUAUGUGAAAGUUUCGUGUGAAAUAUUCGCUUCGCUCAUUCUGCAAUUCACACGAGUGCUCUAAAUAUGUACUUUUUAACACCUAUUCAUACAAUAUUUUUUCUACAAACGUCUUAACAAUUAUAAUUUAUUCAUUCUCAAUUACAGGGCAAUACCUACAAAAUCUUUUACUUGAACUUGACUGACAUUACAUUUUUAUAUUUUUCUUGACAUUACAUCAAAACUGCCUAUACUGUCAAUACGUAAAUCAUAACAACUAUAGAAUAACAUCUACUUUUAUUUUUGUAUAUUCUAACAAAUUUUAAUAGUUUUUUUCUAUAAACGUGUUAAAAAUGCAAUAAUACAGUGUAAAUUAAAUUUAAAAAUCCUUUUAAACCACCUUUUUCAAAUUGCGCAAUUUGUAUUAUUAAUAUUAAUGUUGUUCUGAAGCUAUUUUCUUGUGGCAUUUUUAUAAUCAAGUAUAUUCAAAUGGGAAAUAAGCCACAAUUUUACCUAAAAAUGAUUUUAUUAACGUUUCGACGCCCAAGUCGGGUGUCGUUGUCAAAAUACAAAAUAAUACUAAAUAAAUAAAAAUGUUGUUGCUUAGUAAAAAAUUCUUCUAAUAAUUUAUUUAAUCUGACUCUUAAUAAACUUUUAAACUUAAUAAAAUCAUUUUUAGGUAAAAUUGUGGCUUAUUUCCCAUUUGAAUAUACUUGAUUAAUAUUAAUGUUAAUAAAUGAAAUAUAAAUAUUUUGACGUUUCACAAUUUGACAAUUCACUUUUAACUGCAGUGCCUUAAAAUUUUUAAAGCACUGCUGCUUUAAAGUAGCAUUUUUAACGCUCCUAUGGAGUGCUAUAAAUUGCAUUUUUAACACGUUUAUAGAAAAACAUAUUUAAAAACACUAAUAUAUCCUUUCCACACCUUUUCUGGACUGAUACAUGCAUAAAUUAACACAUUUAGUAACGAACUCCAUACUGUCUGUGUGCGCAUGCGCGCAGAUUAAUAAAAUUUCACCCUCAAUCGCGCCUAAAGAAGUAUAACUUCAAAAACAAAUUCUUAUAAUUUUGUUU